CUUGCCCGAGCCCCCAAGAUGCGCACUUCGUUGGGUUUACUUCUAGUUGCUCUGCUGCUUCUAGCCCUUUCCUUAGCCCAAGCCGAACCCGCACCCUCAUAUUUUGAUGACGACGAGUCCCUGUUCGAAGAGUACCCUACGGACAACGAGUUGGACAGAUUACUGCAGACUGCCCAGAAGCGUUCUUCUUUGAUCUACAUUUACAGAAGAGCGUGUGUAAGACGUGGCGGCAACUGUGACCACCGCCCUAAAGAUUGCUGCGUCAACAGCACAUGUCGAUGCAAUCUGUGGGGAGCGAACUGCCGGUGUCAGCGCAAAGGGCUGUUCCAAAAGUGGGGCAAGUAGACAGCUGAUCCCUUCAGUCCCCGCCACCAACACUUUGUUACAUAUGUUAUCUGAGUUGUAACCGUGUAAGUUGUAACCUUACGUUCCUAAAUGUUGAAUAAAGACCCCCUUGUAUAAUUGAUGCAGAGUAACUUUUCUUGGUCAUUAUUUCGUUUAAUAAGUUUUUAAAUAUUAAAAUUUUGACACCUAUUUUAAAGUCUUUAACUAAGGGACGUUCUAUUAUUUACCUAGUAUUAUAGUCAAGACGUUUUUCAGUUACUAUUGGUGAUCUUAAAAUAUUGUAAAAAAUUAACUUAAGGAUAUUUAUUUUAAAAUUACCACACUUAUAACCAUAUCACCAAAUUGAGGUUCUAUGUUGUUAAUAUACCAUUGCUAUUGAGAAAUAUAUUUUUUAGAAACAGCUGAAUAUUAUAAUAUUGAUCAUCAGUAUCAUAUAUAUUAAAGUCUAUUUACAAAUUUUGCAUGACCCAUAUUACCAGCUUUAUGAAAUUAUUGUUCUUUAAUUUUGCAUUUAGGAUUCCCGAUAAAUUCGUGGAUAACUGUCUAACAUCGCAAUACGGGUGCUCCCAAAAUGCUUUCCCAGCAGUCCACAUGGUCACUGUUAGAUUUCAUCAAUGUUAAAUGUUAUCUUAUAGCUUUGGACUGCUGAAUCGUAAGCAAGGGAUGUAUAAAUAUAUGUCAAUAAGCAUACAUCAUCACCCUAUUAAGCACACGUGAAAAAUGUAUUUUUAAUAUUGUAAAAGGAAAGCAAGUCAACAUUGGUGAUGGAUAAUGUUAACAUGACUGCUGAAAUAAAAUGUGUGAAAAGUUAAAAUUAUUAGACAAAAAUGUUCGUUUAACCUGAUUCGUAAUUUCUAAGUCAAAGACUAUUUCUACUGUUGUAAAUACUUUAAUUUCAAGUAAGUGAAAGAAAAAUCAGUUUUUCAUAUACACCCAUUAUAUUCGUAUGAUAUCAUGGAUAUGUAUAGCUUAUUUUACACUUUAGACAACAUUUACACAACUAAUGUUGCUAUGAGUGUUCCGUUUGGUUAAAAUGCACGCCGGUAAUGCUAUUAUAGUGGUUAUUUAAGUGAAGGUUUAUUUUUAAAUUGAUUAAAAACAUUAGAGUUACAAAAAUCUAUGUGUAAGCUUUAUAUAUAUUUUCAAGAGUAUUUUGAGCAUUUAAUCAGAUGAUAGUAUAUAUAUUUAUGUAUGUAAUCAUAAACUUUAUUGCAUUUUUGUGAAGCAGACAAUAUUUGAAGACUUCUACAAUAUAUUUUGUUACAAUGCGAAGUUGAAAUGUAUCAUAGAUUAUAUUUUAUUAGCACUUUUAUUGGAAAUUUUAACGUUGCGAGAACCACAUUUUCAUAUCAUUCUUCGUGCAGCUAAUGAAAUUGUGUUAAGUUGGAAAACAUAUAUUGGUAAAUAAUAAAACUGAUGUCGUACCUAUUGAAUUUUCUGUUAACCCUAAAAACAAUUAGUGGAAGUAUAUAAUAUUUUAAAUACAAACAAUUGAUUAAGAGGAUUUUUUAAGUUUCAAAAAGGAAAUGAUAACAACCUUAUCUGCAUAUAUCGAGCAAAAGAUUAGUAUUUUGUAAAAUAAUCAAGAUGUAAAUUUGAUGAGGGUCAACCGUAAGAGUGGCCUAAGAGAAACUAAUAAAUUGUAAUGU